CCUUCAGAGUCGCCAUACUUCCAUAUUUCAUUUACGCAUGCGUGUGGCGGUUGCCCUGCUAGAGUUUUAACAGUCGUCAUUUUAAAAUAUGUCAGAAAAAGGAGAGGUGGAUUUGACCGGUGCCAAACAAAAUACAGGCGUGUGGCUCGUUAAGGUGCCCAAAUACCUUUCUCAACAAUGGGCAAAAGCGACAGGCAGAGGAGAAGUUGGAAAGCUCCGGAUCUGCAAGAAAGGAAAUCAAGGAAAACCAGAGGUGUCUUUCACUUUGAAUGAAGAGCUGACUGUGAUUGACGGUAUAGAGGAUAAGACGGUGUCUGCACCACGCGAACACCCGUUCACCAUGCAGUCAGUGGGAGGUCAGACAUUGGCAGUCUUCACAGAGACUUCAUCAGGCCAGUCAGAAGAGAGAUCUGAUGGCAGCAGCUCAGGUUCGGGGGCAGGGACAGGCCCAGAUAAAAUAACCUUGGAGGGAGUGGUAGUGCAGAGAGCAGAAUGCAGGCCUGCUGUCAGUGAAAGCUAUAUGAGGCUGAAGAGGUUACAAAUUGAAGAGUCCUCCAAACCGGCCAGGCUGUCUCAACAGCUGGAAAAAGCUGUGACCAACAACUAUAAACCUGUGGCCAACCACGAUUACAAUCGUGAGUAUGAGAGGAAGAAGAAGGAGGAGGGCAAGAGAGCCCGAGCUGACAAGCAGCAAGUGUUGGACAUGUUGUUUUCUGCUUUUGAGAAGCAUCAGUACUACAACAUCAAAGACUUAGUGGAUAUCACCAAGCAGCCUGUGAUUUACUUGAAGGAAAUCCUGCGUGAUAUUGGCAUCUACAAUGUGAAGGGGACACACAAGAACACCUGGGAGCUCAGGCCAGAGUACAGACAUUACCAAGGCGAGGAAAAGACUGAUGAAUAGUUUUUGAAUCCAAAGGUCAAUACAUGCUUUCCACUCAGAGGAGGGAUUUCCUCUUAGAUCAGAGCUUGGUUUGACCUGGUUUCUGUACAUCAGGUCUGAAGAUGCACUGGACGAUGAGGUGGAGUUUUGCAGUCCCAUCUCAUUCUGUAGGAACAAAAAUAAAGGGCACUAUGGAGAAAUCA